AUGCUGAAACUCCCCACAGAAAUACGUCUGCGGAUCUUCGAGUACUUGCUGCCUUCCAAGCCGGUGUCCGAACCCAGGUCAGUGGAUGGCAGGACUGCCUUUGGCCCACCAGGAUUCAAUCUGGGCGAUUGGAACAUGUCGCUACUGCUUGUCAGUCGUCAGAUAUUCCAAGAGGCUUCCAGCGUCCUUUACGGGAAAACUGAGUUUGUUGUGGAAAUCAAAGACUUGUCCUUCGCAGCCCCAGGUGGCGCCUUCGAGCCUCAACCUUUCAAGCUCCUCAUGCAUCCCCAUGGUCGAGAUUGGAAGCAAUACCUUGGCAGUCUGCCUUACAAGAGAAUCGAGCAAUUCCACGUUACGAUUCUUGCUCCUGUCGGGAAGGGUUCACUCCCGUCGCAAAUAAUGGAAUACAACCCCAAGGAUAAGGAGAGGUCGCUUUACGAUGUCCGCGACAACGUUCAUAGGCUUGUGGGGCUUCUUCGGGAGGCCCAUCACAUCCGCAGGCUGAGAAUCGAAGUUGCUAUUGAUCAACGCAGUUGGACAGCAAAGUCAACCGUCGCCGCUGCAAAAUGGCUGCUUGAGCCCCUGUGGAGCCUCACUAACAUCCAACAACUCAAGCUCUAUGACCUACUCGUCUACCACCACGGGAUCCUAGCACCAAUAGGUACAAAGAGUCACACUCCGGACUUGUCAGAAGAAGGAUCCCCCGACAAGGCCUGGGCGGACUAUGUGAAAGAAAAAGAGGCGCUAUACUUCUGCAAGGACCCUGCACCAGUGAUCCCAGCCGACACCCUUAAGGCUUAUGGCCGGAUCGACGAUGCGGUGGUGCGGCUGCGAGACGUUGAACCGUGUGACCAAGAAUGGGUUAUGGGCCGCGUCAGGCAUACCCAAAAACUUGAUGAUCUUCUGCAUCGUGCUCGAGUUGCGCGGGAGGAGGGCAAGAUGAACGAACUGAACAGAGUCGGUAUACGGCUUCGCCAGAUCUGGCGAGAAAUCGUCGCUGGACAAGAGGAGGCAAGGGUUAACAUUGACAAAAUGAUCGCGUGGCUACCGUCUGAAGAGUCGGUCAACGCCAGGAUCACCAAAUACUUCAAGCCGGUCUCGGAAGUUACGGACUGA